GGUGGCCCACAGUUUACAUUUGAUAGUGAAGUGUGAUGGCCGCGCGGUUUACGUGCGUGUUAGUGCUAUUUAUCGCUCUCGCGGCAGGGGCAGAUGACAUUUUAGAAAAUGCCGGUUUAAGGAUAGCUUUUAAAGUCUUCGACGAAUGUUCCAAAUCGGAUGGAUUAUCGCCGUGCAUUAAGAAGAAGGCCCUCACAUUCCUGGAUCGACUAGGUCGGAUGGACAACCUGGAAAUUUCGGAUGAAAUAAAAAUCGUGAAGAUCGCCAAUUCGAGUAAGGAAGACGAGAAUGCCCCCAGCAUGGAGCAGCUCGAAAAGAAUUUACCGCGAAACGUCGACGCCAGGGACGCGGUUUUAACGGAUAUGUUAUGGAAUAAGGUGGCGUCGUUAGUGCAAACUAGAGACAUUGAGUUAUCCAUGCCUCGCUCGGGUUUCGAGGACGAUGACGAUGCGCAACAAAUUCAACAUGUAGAAGUUAAUACGGGAGGCUCAAAAAAAGGAACUAAGGGCGGAGGCGGAGGUAAUAAAGGCGGCGGCGGGAACAAGCAGAAAAAGAAGAUAAUGAAGAUGUUUAAGAAAUCAGGCAAGAAAGGUGGCGGAAUGAUGAUGGGAAUAAUGAUGGCCAUGCUUGCAAAAAUGUUCGCCUUAAUUCCCAUAGGAAUAGCCGCACUAUUUCUACUAGCUGGCAAGGCUUUGAUUACAUCAAAAAUUGCGCUUCUCCUUUCUGGAAUAAUUGCCCUUAAAAAGCUACUUGCGGCCAAACAAGGUGACGACCACGGAACCCCCCAACACGUUUACGCCAGCUCCGGACACGGAUGGGACAAGCGAUCCCUUGAGGAAAGCCACAAACUAGCGUACAACGCAUCCGCCCCGAAACAAGAUUAACGUGUACCUGAUGAUGAACACCAGAGUUUUUAUCGACCAAUUUUAUGGUCUGCUGUAGAGAGCGCGUCUACGUUAACACACCAAAAACCAUAACUACCUUAGUCACCUUAGUGAACGCGAUGCCAAUUAUUUAUUGAAUUGUUAAUUUUUAUAAUUAUUUAUUGUACAUAAAUACGUCCGACAUUGUUAAGAAUAAAAAUCUUAAACACC